AUGGUAGACGAUAUUCCUCCAACUUUUGUCCCAUUAAAUGCAACGUUCGAGUCAAUUGACCCCUUAGCGAAUGCUACAGGAAUACUUGGAAGCGACAAGAUCCAGGUUGGUAGAAAGGAUAUAAGUCAUUUUGUGAUACCAAAUGUGACUUUUGGACUCGCCUUAGAUAUGCAGACUACAGAACUGGACGGUGUACAAUCUGGAGUACUUGGCCUUGGAUUGAAUAAUGUAGGAACAAACAGCGAACCUUUCAUCAGGAGCAUCUUCGACCAAGGUUAUCUCAGAGUUGGAUAA